AUGGGCGGAGUGGUGUGGCCGGCCACGCUUGGGGAGAUGUUGUUCGGAGGCGGCUGCGAGAGCCGAUUCAACCAGUCACUCGAAGGUAUCAGUUGGCCUCCUGGUUUAAGAAAGCUUUCCGUAGACAGCAUUUUCGACAACUCCAUUCAAGGUGUCAUCUUCGGAGAUUCCAUCGAGGAAAUUCGUCUAGGAGGACAGUUCAACCAGCCAAUCGCUGCAGUACGGUGGCCCGUGGUUAUCCAGCCGUUGACCGGCUGUCAUUGGCCGGAGGCGUUGAUCGCUCUGACGACCGGUGAUGCGUUCGCCCAGAGCCUGCAAGGCGUUAUUUGGCCUGUGUCGCUUCAGAAUCUCACGUUCGGGUGUGCGUGGAACGGGGAACUGGGGGGUGCGGUACUCCCUGACACGCUCAAGGUUCUACGGUUGGGGGGGACUUUUGAAAGCCCAAUAGCCGGCAUUAAGUUGCCUGAGGGCCUGCAGGAGGUGUCGUUCGCCUUGCACUUCCAGGAGGUUGAUGAUGUUCGUUGGCCCAGGAACGUCCGUAGAGUGGUGCUCCAGGAUCACUUGAACAAAAUUAUUUGGCCGAACGCGCUACGUGGCCGUUCACGCUAG